AUGGUUCAAAUCAAACAACACAUUCUCAGUGCUCUUGCACCUAUUGCUGCACUUUUUUCUCCCUCUCCGAGUCCAAUGCAAUCUGCGCCAUUCACGCUGUCCGUUGUUUCUGAGAACAAGUAUUUAGAUGGCUCUUAUAUACACGGUUGUCACACUGGAGCUGCUCAAACCGCACUUUGUGCUUUCCCCAAGUGUCAUGCUCGUCAUGGGGAAAACUCUCCGACUACCUUCUACUUCAACGUCUCCGCUCCCCUCGGCCCCCAUCAGCCCUCAGGAGCCCUAGUCUACAACUUGCCAUAUGAUACGGAUAAGUUUCUUUCCCAAUCGGCAAAAAUGGAGUUUAAUCGCUAUACGCAUGAUUUUGCCCAUCCUUUGUUUGCACAUCCUGACGACACGGAAGGUAUCUUUGUCUUCCACCACGAUCGCUUGCACCUCAAAGAUCAUAGAGAGCAGCGAUGGUACAUCUGCGGUGGAUAUUCUCCUUUCUCCAUCAAUAGUUUUCCCAUUUUGGUUUGGUAUCAUGGAGUUGGAGAUCCACGUGCAGAAUGUGUCAAGGUGGAGAUCAAGAGGGCAUUCGUUUAAUUCCUGGAUGUCGAGUAAAAACUAUGAAGUAGUGAGAUCUAGGCUAUAGGGCAGCUGAGCUUUUGAUAGGAAUGACUUUUUUUCAUUCGAGAAGGAAAAUCCUCUGUGUAUCAACAGCAUUUGGGGGUAUUGUUAACCCAGAGACGGUUUCACUCUUGGGCAAGCGUUAGUUCUGGAAAUAUAAGUUUUAAAUCGAG